AUGAAUAGAAAAGUAUUACCGGCAGUAACUUCCAUGAAUUCAGCGUCAAUGGCCAAUUUUAAUCGGAUGACACUUUUAAUGUCAAUAUCAGAAAUAACACCAAAUAUUUUUCUUUCGGGCCAAAUGGCAGCAACAAUUGAGCACGUACAAAAAUUGGGAAUAUCAUAUAUUUUGAAUGUUGCAGUUGAAUCAGCUCCUAUUGGCUAUCCGAAAAAUAUUAAAUUAGAAAAAUUCGAUAUAAUUGAUUUUCCAACAGCACCAAUAAGUAGUUAUUUUCCUUCAUUAACUGAUAAAAUUCAUGCUCAUCUUACUGCUAAUAAACAAAAUAAAGUACUUGUUCAUUGUAUGGCUGGCAUUAGUCGAAGUGCCACAAUUGUUUGUGCGUAUUUAAUGCGUUAUAUGAAUAUGUCCUUACGAGAGGCAUAUUUAUUGUGUAAAAAAAAUCGUCCAAUUUGCUUUCCAAAUUUAGGAUUCUGGAGUCAACUUAUUACAUAUGAAAAUCAGCUCAGAAAGGAAAAUAGUGUUAAAAUGAUACAAACUCAAUUUGGAAAUGUGCCCGAUGUUGCGUAUGAAGAGAUCAAACAAUUUCGUGCUCAACAACAAUUUUCAUCGAUGCAAUCACCUAUGUCAUCUUUCAGUUCUAGUAGUAAUAAUUCUACGACUAGCAGUAGUGCCAUCAGUGAUGCAGUUACUAAUCAAACUCGGCCAACUGCUCGAGAAACAUCCGUCAACAAUCCAUCUGGUCUUGCACGAUCACGGUCUUUAGCAGUAAAUCCAAAUGGUCGAACAGCAAUGGCUACUGCUUCAACAUAUAUUAACAAUUCAGUUUAUCAAUCACCCAUAUUUACACACAAUAAACAAACAUUCCUAAAUCCACCACGAUUUGGUGUCAAUCGUUCACUUUCUAAUGGUGGAUCACAUAAUCAUGGAAAUCCAUCUGGACCAAGUACAUCAUCAACAUCAUUUGCUAGUAAUCGAAGUGGAAAUGGUUCACCGAAUGCAAAACAACGACCAGUAAAUCAUAGACGCCACCAUCCAACCACUGUGACUGUGAAUACAGCAGCAACAACAAUAAAUAGUGAAGAUCAACGCUUAAAUUUUGAAACAACCUAUCGCUCAAGUUUUUUUAAACCAAUUGUUCCUUAA